ACUCGCACUCUCACCCUAGAAACGAAAACCCAUUUUCAUUUCAACCUUCUUCCCAUUUUCAUUUCUAGGUCAUUUCAUUUCAAAAACCCUUUUCAAAAUGCGUCAAAUUCUUCACAUCCAAGGUGGCCAAUGCGGUAACCAAAUCGGAGCCAAAUUCUGGGAAGUGGUUUGUGCUGAACAUGGAAUCGAUCCAACCGGCCGCUACACCGGUGAUUCAGAUCUUCAACUUGAACGGAUCGAUGUGUAUUACAAUGAAGCAAGUGGUGGAAGAUUUGUUCCGAGAGCGGUUCUUAUGGAUCUUGAACCGGGUACUAUGGAUAGUAUCCGGUCUGGACCGUAUGGUCAGAUCUUUAGACCGGAUAAUUUUGUGUUUGGUCAGAGUGGUGCUGGGAAUAACUGGGCUAAAGGGCAUUAUACUGAAGGCGCUGAGCUUAUUGAUUCUGUUCUUGAUGUUGUUAGGAAAGAAGCUGAGAAUUGUGAUUGCUUGCAGGGAUUUCAAGUAUGCCACUCACUUGGUGGAGGAACUGGGUCUGGAAUGGGAACUCUUCUGAUUUCAAAGAUCAGGGAAGAAUACCCAGACAGGAUGAUGCUUACUUUCUCUGUUUUCCCUUCUCCUAAGGUUUCUGACACUGUGGUUGAACCCUACAAUGCUACCCUCUCUGUUCACCAGCUUGUUGAAAAUGCAGAUGAGGUCAUGGUUCUUGACAAUGAAGCCUUGUAUGACAUUUGCUUCCGCAUUCUGAAGCUCAGCAACCCAAGCUUUGGUGAUUUGAAUCAUCUGAUAUCAGCAACUAUGUCUGGUGUCACCUGUUGUUUGAGGUUCCCUGGUCAGCUGAACUCUGAUCUUAGGAAGCUUGCUGUGAAUCUCAUUCCAUUCCCGCGUCUUCACUUUUUCAUGGUGGGAUUUGCUCCUUUGACUUCCCGUGGCUCCCAGCAGUACAGGACUCUAAGUGUCCCUGAGCUCACUCAACAAAUGUGGGAUGCCAAGAACAUGAUGUGUGCUGCUGACCCUAGGCAUGGGCGAUACCUCACUGCUUCAGCCAUGUUUAGAGGCAAGAUGAGCACCAAGGAGGUUGAUGAACAAAUGAUGAAUGUCCAGAACAAGAACUCAUCCUACUUUGUUGAAUGGAUUCCAAACAAUGUGAAGUCUACUGUCUGUGAUAUUCCCCCAACAGGGUUGAAAAUGGCUUCAACAUUCAUUGGAAACUCCACAUCCAUUCAGGAAAUGUUCCGUAGGGUGAGUGAGCAGUUCACUGCUAUGUUCAGGAGAAAGGCUUUCUUGCAUUGGUACACUGGUGAAGGCAUGGACGAAAUGGAAUUCACUGAGGCUGAGAGCAACAUGAAUGAUCUGGUUGCUGAGUAUCAACAGUACCAAGAUGCCACCGCUGAUGAGGAUGAGUAUGGAGAAGAAGAAGGCGAAGAGGAUUAUGAGCAACAAGACAUGUGAUUUUGAAUGAUGGGUUGGAUAUUGUAAGGUGCUGCAACUUCAUGUUGCUGUUUCAAACUAAAACUAGUUUCUUUAUAUUUCAGUUACUAUGCUGUAAAAUUGAUUUUGGUUUUUUUGUUUUGAUGUGACCUGUUGGUAGUGGAGAAAGACAGCUUAGAAAGCUUCUAUAAGCAUCACUUUUUGUUGUUGGAAUAUUUGAUUCAAAAUGAUUGCCCAUCGUAGAAUUGUUAUUAACUGUGGAGUUCUUUAA